AUGUCAAACGCCACAAUUUGCUUCUCUUCUGUGAUUUUGAUAGUACUUUUUCAAAUUACUCUGGUGACAGCUAGAAUACAUCUCACUACAUAUCAAAAAACAACAUCGGAUCAAACAAAUCUCUUAUUGACACCAUCAGUCAGCAAUCAAAAUGUCAAUUCCACAAUCAAAAUAAUUGACAAUGGUGUUCAUGACCAAGAUGCAGAUUUCGCCAGUGAUAUCAUCGCCCUCAUCUUUUCCACACUUUCUGUUUUUUCAACUUUUACCAUUUUAAUAAUUUUCUAUUUGGAGCAAUCUUGGGUUUUUGGAAAUGAAAUUAAAUUAAUUUCAAAAACAAAAAAAGAAAUUUUUUCAAAUUUUUCAGUUUUACAAGUUGGAAAUCGUGUGCAGCAGAAGAGACAAGUUGUGAAUAAGAAGAAACGUCAAUUUAUUAGGAGAUGCAUGUUGGCUUUGUUGAUUGCUGACUUGAUUUCAUCAGUUUCGAGAAUUUUGUUUAUUUUGUGGUGGUGGGUGUGUUCUAGAGUUGCUCCAGAUGUUAUGUUUAGUAGGAAUUUGGUACCAGCUGUCACACCAAAUGUCACUUCAAGUAUUGGAAUGAACUUGGCUCAAAAUCGUGUUGGAUUUCAAAUUGAUUCUUUCAAUCCAAUUCAAAUUGACUCAAUUCCACUACCAUUCCUCAUAAUGUCAAUAGAUCAAAAUUUGACAACUGACAAUAGCUCAAAUAUUACAACUUGGAUCGCUAGAUAUGAACUCAAAGCAGGUGCCACAAUCAUUAAUCGACUUUUUGCACACAUCAACUUUUCAGCAUCAUUAGCAACUGCCACUUGGUGUGUCGUUGUAGCAUUUGCCAUUUAUGCAACAACUACCAAUGUGAAAUGGAUGGAAAAACAACUUUCUGAAAUUUCUCCGCCCAAUUCGAAUAAUACUUCAAAAAAUUCAUUCACAAAUUCAAAUUUUAAGGAAAUUGACAAUGAUUGCACAACUGAAAAUAGUGAAAUGAAUGAAAAUAAUCAAGAAUCUUCAACAAUGAGUGAACAUUUAGUUUCGAUUGAUUUGAGACAAAGUAAUCAAUCGGCUGUUAUUCAAACUAGUCAAUUGCAUCAACAUAAUUUCCAUGAUAUUUCUAGUUUUAGAAAUGAUCAAAGAAGAUUAUUGGAUCAAUCGAUGGAUUUGGAUAGUACUGCUCCAAAAAGAAAUUCCAUGUUCAGUGAAAAUAUGAACAAGUUGAAGAAAAUGUCACCAUUCAUGAGAUAUGAAAUUUCAUUCCAUGUGGUUGCUUGGGGAGUUGGAUUAUUUGUGUUUUUAUUGUUGUUCAUAUUCAGAUUUAUUACUACUUUGGUGGAUACUUCGAAAACUGUCAAAACUGGAUUUGUUACAGCAAUUUACAUUUCAUGGAAUAUUUAUUUUACUUUGACUGUCAUUGUAAACUUUAUAUUAUUAAUAAUUAUUUGGAGAUAUGUUGGAAAAUAUUUAAAUUCCACUCAACUUCAAGUCAUUCCCAAGAAGGAAACCAAAAGAAGGCAAAUUUCUGUAAUAUUGCGACUUUCUCUCUUAAUUCUGCCAUAUGUCAUUUGUGGCGUAUUUGAAGUUGCUUAUUGGUAUUACAAUAUAAUAGCCAUGUUAACUAAUUCUGAGGAUGAUACUUUUAUUUUGGUAUUUUACAAUUUCUUUUUUAAUGGACUCGUUCCUUUGAGAGGAUUUUUCUUUGGAAUUGCAUUCUUAUUGGGAUCUUCUGAAAUUAGAUCCUUUGUAAAGUAUAUCAUUUGUUGCGGAUAUUGCUGUUAUAAGAAGAGGAUUGAUCAAUUCAAGAAUCAACAAUUAUCUCAAUCUCUAUUAAUGGAUGAUCCAAAUAAUUACAGAAAUUUCCAAGCACUCAUUGUAGAACCAUCCACUGAUAAUUUACUAGCUCACGAACAUUACAAUCAAUUGAGAUCUGGAAGUGUUAUUAAGCAAUCAAACUCUACAUCUUCUCUGGUUGACCAAGCAUAUUCCUCUCCAAAUGAAUCAACACCUUCCCCAAGAGAUUAUCUCAAUAAGAGUUUGAAUACCAAUAGCUCCUCCACAAGCAAACUCCGAUCCGGAACCAUGAGACCAACUCCGUACAAUUCAGCAUUCAACACCAUCAUUCAUCAUCAACAAUUACAACAACAACAGGAAGAACCCAAUUUGGAACAAGUAACCUUUGGAAGAUUGGACACUGGAAGCUCCUCUCAAUAUUAUCAACAAACUAAAAAGAGAGCUAGAACUUUCAUGCCAUCAACUAGUCAAUCCAAUACAAGCAGUGUUGGAUCUCCUCAAUCAAACAGUGGUCAAUCACCAGUUGGCUCAAACUCACCACGAAUGCACAUGUCCAAAUCUUCCCUUGAAUCCAAUAUUCCAGUAGAAUUGAGCACUCCACCCAAUGAUGAGAAAAAUAACUAA